AAUAUAUAUGCACACAUCACACUCCAUGGACACUUUGAGCUUGACGAAAUGGAAAUUUCUCAUUUACAAUUCCGCCCUCUUUCUCCCCAACUUCCUUCGCCAAAACCCAGGAUUCUUUGUUCCAAGCUACCUUCAAAACCGAUUUGUUUUUCUUCAUCUUACGUCAAACCCAUUGAUAUUAAGCCUUUCAGAACCCAAUUAGCAAAAGCCCCAGAUCAAUUUUACCCUCUAAAGAAGUUUAUAGCACAGGUCGGAAGAACAGAAUCCGACAGGAAUGAAAUUCUGGUGGGUGAAGAUUCUGCAGAAUUCAACUUGUCGAAACAGAAGAUUUUGUCAUGGGUUUAUUUUACUGGCGUUGGGGGAACUGUAGCUUAUGUUCUUAAGGUGGCGUGGAUUGAUAGCUCCACUGGCCUUGGAAAACCCUUCAUUGACGCUGUUUCGAGCAUUUCCGACAGCCCUGAGGUUGUAAUGUUAAUCCUUAUCAUUAUUUUUGCAAUCGUUCAUAGUGGCUUAGCUAGUCUUAGAGACACAGGUGAGAAACUCAUUGGAGAACGUGCAUUCCGCGUAUUAUUUGCUGGAACAGCAGUUCCACUAGCUCUUAGUACAGUUGUUUAUUUCAUUAACCAUAGAUAUGAUGGUGUACAGUUAUGGCAACUACAGGGUGUUCCUGCAAUACGUGAACUGGCUUGGUUCUCUAAUUUCAUUUCCUUCCUUUUCCUCUACCCUUCAACCUUUAACUUACUGGAGGUUGCAGCUGUUGACAAGCCCCAAAUGCAUCUUUGGGAAACUGGGAUUAUGAGAAUUACGAGGCACCCACAGAUGGUUGGGCAGGUACUUUGGUGUGUGGCUCACACAAUUUGGAUUGGAAAUUCUGUUGUAGUGGCAUCUUCUGUGGGUUUGAUUGUGCACCAUCUUUUUGGUGUCUGGAAUGGAGACCGAAGGUUGGCCAUACGAUAUGGGGAGGCUUUUGAAGUUGUAAAAGCGAGAACAAGUGUCAUCCCAUUUGCAGCAAUUCUUGAUGGGCGCCAGAAGUUGCCGAAAGAUUAUUACAAGGAAUUUCUUCGACUACCAUAUCUAACAAUAACGGCAUUGACUUUGGGUGCAUAUUUUGCUCACCCACUUAUGCAGGCUGCCAGUUUUCAGCUUCACUGGUAGCUUAUAUACGAUUUGUUUCCAUUUGAGGUGCGUGUACCAACUUGCAUAUGCGUAUAUUAGAUGAGAUAUACUAUCAUUCUCUUCGAUUCUUAUAGAAAUGUUGAGUGAUAAAUAUGUCA